AUGACUCACAGGCAUUGUUUUGAGGCUCUAGAUAGAACGCUUCGAGAUAUUCUUCGUUUUAAGGAUGCAUCUAACGAAGACAGGCUAUUUGGAGGAAUGGUUGUGGUUUUUGGAGGUGACUUCAGGCAAAUUCUCCCCGUCAUUCCUAAAGGAAGCAGACAUGACAUAGUGAAUGCCUCCCUGAACUCUUCUCACCUUUGGAAUCAUUGUCAAGUCCUUAAGCUUCAUGUCAAUAUGAGAUUGCAAAUCGGUGAUGGUAAAAUCGGAGAACCAAACGAUGGAGAUGGCAUUAUUGAUAUUCUUGAAGAGUUGCUUAUUACAGACACAGUUGAUCCAAUUGGUUCUCUCAUAUCAUUCACAUACUCUGAUAUUUCAAGAAAUAUUUCUGAUCCUUCUUAUUUUCGCGAUAGAGUUAUUCUUGGCCCAACACAUGAAGUUGUAGAUAUAAUCAAUGAUAGAUUGUUGUCAAUGAUUCCAGGAACUGAAACCGUUUAUCUUAGUUCUGAUAGCAUUUCAGAGUGUGAAGACGUCUCGGGAAUGAAUUCUGCUUUAUGGUCUCCUGAAGUACUUAACAACCUUAAACUAUCUGGUUUACUAAACCAUAAGCUAAUACUCAAACAGAAUGCUCCGGUCAUGUUGCUCCGAAAUAUCGAUCAACCAAAUGGCUUGUGCAACGGUACUCGAUUGCAGAUUGUGAAACUUGGAAAGAAUUUAAUCGAAGCUAAGAUAAUGACUGGUACCAAUAAUGGAAACCACGUGUUCAUUCCUAGGAUGCGAUUAACUCCUUCUGACAAGAGGAUACCGUUCAAGAUAAAUAGAAAGCAGUUUCCUUUAGCCCUUUACUUUGCCAUGACUAUUAAUAAAAGUCACGGUCAGUUUCUAUCACAUUUUGGUUUGUACUUACCACGUCCGGUUUUUACUCAUGGACAGUUAUAUGUUGCUGUUUCAAGGGUAAAGACUAAAAAAGGAUUGAAGAUAUUGAUAUGUGAUAAAGACAACAACAUUAGCUCCACUACAACUAAUGUUGUUUACAAGGAAGUUCUUCAAAAUUUGUAA